UUGGGGAAGAGAGCACGCCCUCCCACCACCACUGCUCUGACUUCCUCCUUUCUGCCUCAGCCAUCUGCAAGACAGAAACAGGAGGGAAGGAUUGGGGUGCAUCACAAAGCUCCCGAAGCCUGGCUGCUCUUCCCAGCUAAGCUUGAGAAGUUGAGACCGUCUUCAUCUGAGCCCAAACCCAGGACGGAGGAGAGGGCUUGAUGCAAGGAGGAGAGCAGACCUUCUUUCAAGGCUGAUCAGUGUCAUCCCUUGCUUGUCUGGUGUCUUACAGAGGCUGACAAGAAAAUGUCGAGUGACUGCUGCCUCCAGCUGCCGGUGGUGACCUGGCUGCUGCUGCUGGUGAUGACAGCCUUUGCCAUGGAGUGCCCCAAGAUCAAGGUGGGGACGUGCAAGGACUGCAUCCAGUCCGGUCCCGGCUGCGCCUGGUGCAAGAAGCCGAAUUUCACUAAAGCUGGUGAGCCAGACUCCAUCCGUUGCGACACCACCGAGCAGCUGAAGCAGAGGGGAUGUCCACAAGAUGAGAUUGAGUUUCCAGUCAACAACAUUACAGAGACGCAGAACAGUCCCUUAAGCAAUGACAUACAGCUGACUCCCCAGGAGGUGCACCUGAAACUGAGGAUAGGUCAGCCAGCUGAAUUUAAGGUGAAGUUUCGCCGCGCCAUGGGGUACCCCAUUGAUCUCUACUACCUCAUGGACCUCUCCUACUCCAUGCUGGAUGACCUGGAGAAGGUGAAGAAGCUGGGAGGGGAGCUGCUCAGGGCACUGGAGAGCACCACAUCAUCUCGCCGCAUAGGGUUUGGCUGCUUCGUGGACAAGACAGUGCUGCCCUUCGUGAACACGCACCCUGAAAAGCUGCAGAACCCCUGCCCCAACAAGGACAAGCAUUGCCAGCCUCCCUUUGCCUUCAAGCACAUCCUCUCAUUGACUGACGAUGCCAAGCAGUUUGAGAGCGAAGUGGGGAAGCAGUUUAUCUCGGGGAACCUGGAUGCUCCAGAGGGAGGGCUGGAUGCCAUGAUGCAGGCAGCAGUGUGCGGGGACUUGAUCGGCUGGCGCAAUGUGACCCGCUUGCUGGUGUAUGCUACUGAUGAUGGCUUCCACUUCGCUGGUGAUGGCAAGCUCGGGGCCAUUCUGACCCCCAAUGAUGGCAAGUGCCAUUUGGAGGACAACAUGUACAAAAAGAGCAAUGAGUUUGACUACCCAUCUGUCGGCCAGCUGGUCCAGAAACUUGCUGAAAACAACAUUCAGCCCAUUUUUGCUGUCACCAGUAAAAUGGUGGAUGUCUACAAGAAACUCAGUGAGAUGAUCCCAAAGUCAGCUGUGGGUGAGCUGAACGAGGACUCCAGCAACGUCAUUGAACUCAUCCAGGAGGCCUACAAUAACCUCUCCUCACAGAUCAUCCUGGACCACUCUACCCUGCCAGACUUCCUGGAUGUCAAAUAUGACUCCAGCUGCAGUAAGGACAAGGCCACCUUCAACAAAGCGAGAGGGCAGUGCGACAAUGUCAAGAUCAAUGACGAGGUCAUCUUCACAGUAAGGGUCACAGCCAAGGAGUGCAUCAAAAGUCAGUCCUUCACCAUCCGGCCACUGGGCUUCACAGACACCCUCACGGUCCACCUGGACAGCAACUGCGACUGCAACUGCACUGCACAGCCCGACCCAACUGCCUGCAAUGGGAAGGGCAGCAUUGUUUGUGGGAUCUGCAGCUGCAAUUCGGGCUACACGGGGAAAAACUGUGAGUGUGAAACCAAAGGCAAGACCAGCAAGGAGCUGGAGGGCAGCUGCCGGAAGGACAACAGCUCAGUCAUCUGCUCGGGGCUGGGGGACUGUGUGUGUGGGCAGUGCAUCUGCCACACCAGCGACGUGCCCGACAAGCACAUCUACGGCACCUUCUGCGAGUGUGACAACAUGAACUGCGAGUUUCACAAUGGCUCCCUCUGCGGUGGCAAAGACCGUGGGAGAUGCGACUGUGGGGAGUGCAAGUGCACGUCCAUGUACCAGGGCAGCGCCUGCCAGUGCAAGAAGUCGACAGAGGGCUGCUUGAACAUCCGUCACAAAGAGUGCAGCCUCCGCGGGACCUGCCACUGCAACCGUUGCCAGUGCCGAGGGGGAUACCAGCCCCCGUUCUGCCAGGAGUGCCCCGGCUGCCCCUCGCCCUGCGGCAGAUAUGUGUCCUGCGUGGAGUGCAUAGCCUUCAACAGCGGCCCCUUCGAGAAGAACUGCUCCGAGGCCUGCCCCAACAUCCAGAAGGUCGAGAAAUUGGAUGAGGCGAGCAGGCAGUGCAGGGAGAAGGACUCCCAAAACUGCUGGAUCUCCUUCCGCAUGUUCCAGGAGGACGGUGAGGAGAUCUACACCAUCACUGUUGAUACUGAAAAAGAGUGCCCAGAGCCUCCCAACGUUGCGCUGAUCGUGGGUGUUACCGUUGCCGGUGUGGCCCUGAUCGGCCUGGUGCUUCUGCUGAUCUGGCGUCUCUUGACGGAGCUGUUUGAUCGCCGGGAAUACCGCCGGUUUGAGAAGGAGAAGUCCAAGGCCAAGUGGAAUGAUGCUGAUAACCCCCUCUUCAAGAGCGCCACCACCACAGUCGUGAACCCCAGGUUCAACGGGCAGUGAAGAGAAGCAGCACCUGGCAGCGCUAGGACCUUAAAUAAGGAAAUGCCAAGCUAAGGAAAUCUCAAACUAAGGCUUCCACCUCCUCUACUUUAUCCUGUUGGUUUGUUCCCCUCUCCCAAGAGGCCACCAGCACAUCAUGCACUGGCUGGGGGACUUUACCAUGUCUGUCUCUUGGUACAGUGCUUGAUGGUUUGAUUAGUGGAGUUGGGAGAAGGGAACAGACAUAGCUUUGCCAUGGAUGGAACCAGCCGGUCAGGUAUCACCAGUGGGCAUAUGCAACAGCUCCUGUACCAGUUACCAGCUGUCUCAGCUCUUGAUGCUAACUUUGCCUUCUGGCAGGAGUCUUGGACACCAGGCCCCAAAACCAUCUUUGAGCUUUGAUCUGGAGCUGGAAUUUCAAACCUACCAUUUUCCUUCUGCACUAGCAGGAUCUGUUUCCAGGCUGCUCCAUGCAUUCGCCUGCUGCACUGGUCUCCACCACUAUGCACUAGUUUCUAAAGCACUCACUGCCGAGUUGGACGUGGAGGGUUCACUAGGCUGGCGGUCUGUUGUGGAGGUUGCAGUGAGAUGAUGGGCCCUAAGGGCUAGUGAGCACCUGUACCUGGAGAUGAAAAGCAGCCUGGGAACAUGUACUGAGUCAUUUUCCAAAUCAUAGCUGCUUCCCAGUAUCACUUCCCUCCCAGACCUACAUUGCGCAAGGUUCUACUUGGGCUCAUGCAAACUUGGCUUACCUCCACCAGGACUUGAGAUUUCUGCAUGACAAGGAGGCAAAGAAGCAAUUGUUUGAACUAUGAAACAUUGGCAUUGAGCACAUGAAACAUUGCCUGCAGCUCAGAGCUUAGCCACAGCUUCUUCCACCAGCCCCAAGGCAAGACCUUUCUCUGCUCUAUGAGUGCAUCAGACACGUCAAGGGCCUGGCUACAAAAGACCUGGCGGUACCCAGAGCAUCUCCAGCUCAGCACUUUUCCAAACCAUGCACAGCAGCUAAUUGCUCUUAUAUUGUGGCAUCAUUCCUGUGAAACAGCAGUACAAUUCUAUAUUUGCUUUAAGUUUGGGAAUAGUUUGCAUGUAACUGUGUUAUGUCACAUCUUCAUUUGCUCUCUGAAGAGUUUAAUGUUAAUAAAAAUUAAUACAUAAAGUAAA